AACAAAUUAAAUGUAUAUCAAUCCAUUCUGUUAGCCGAAUGUUCAAGUUCUCUUUAGUCGAAUCCACAACCGACACCAGAUCAAGAUUGCGUGAGAAUCAACGAUCACCCUCAACCUCAAUCAAUCUCCAGCACCCACAAAACCCACGAUCAACAUUCACCAAUCACUCCAAUUACUUACUUGUUCCACAAGGUACCAAAACCCUAGAUCCCAAUUCAAUCACUAAAUGAUCAUUUCAUAAAAUGGGCAAACCAUUAUUCUACGAGAUUCUAGAAAAACCCGCAACCAGUUGCACCAUAGGACUAUGCACUUUAAUCUGGUUCUACAUCCAGAAGAAAAACAUUGGGUAUUCACAUGUGGGUUUGAGUUAUGAAACAGCUGUUGAAGGCCACCAUUGGAGGAUCAUAACCUCUGCAUUUUCACACAUUAGUGUUGUCCAUCUUGUGUUUAAUAUGAGUGCUUUAUGGAGCCUUGGUGUUGUUGAACAGUUAGGCCAUAUGGGUUUAGGUGUUGGGUAUUAUUUACAUUACUCUAUUGUUUUGGUUAUCUGUUCUGGUUUGCUAGUUUUGGUUUGUUACCAUGUUCUGAUUAAUCGGUUCAAGAUCGAGUAUUUUAGACGCGUUACGGCUGUCGGGUAUUCGUGUGUCGUGUUCGGGUGGAUGACGAUUUUGUCCGUCAAGCAGCCGUCGUCGAAGUUGAAUCUUUUCGGGUUUCUUUCGUUGCCGAUCAGUUUUGCGCCGUUUGAGUCGUUGAUUUUUACGUCGAUUAUUGUGCCGCAAGCGAGUUUUUUGGGGCAUUUGUCGGGGAUUAUUGUUGGGUAUUCGAUCUCGUGGGGGUUGAUUCAUGGGAUGAAUGAUUAUUGGGCGGUUUGUAUGGUGGGGUGGAUUGUGGUGGUGUUUGUUGUUAGUUUGAAGCAGUCGGGUGCGUAUGAUUUCGGGUGGCUUAAGAUUGAGUCGGUUACGGAUCCUACGUUGCCGGGGACUGGCCGGAUGUUGCAAAUGACGUCGCUUUUGGAUGGUGGUGAUGAUAUUGUAUAGCAGGCAUGUGAUUCUUGACUAUUCACUUUUGUAUUCAGAUUUAUUAUAAUUAUAAUGUGUGGUUAAACAGGUAGUGUUGUUUGUGGUUUUUCGAUUCGGUUAUUGUGAAUUCAUUGAUCUUUAUAUGCCUUGGGGAUUAUGUUGGAGUUCAUAGUGA